AUGAGAUUAUAUACGACCGCACUUAAAUAUCAGAGGUUGGGAGCUGGAGUUGGAGAAAUCUUAAAACGGGAUGCUGCAAGUGCUAUGGCUGUGUCUGAUCGUUUUGUGGUAUUAGGUACACACAAUGGCGCCGUAUUAUUAUUCGAUUUUGAAGGGAAUGAAAUCAAGAGAUUCUCGGCACAUACUGCUACCGUUCAUGAUUUAUCAGUUGACGUUGCUGGUGAAUACGUUGCUAGCGCGUCGAUGGAUGGAAGAGUUGUAAUUAAUGGUCUCUAUAAUGAAGAAGUGCGGCAUUAUAAUUACAAGAGGCCUUUAAAAUGUGUAGCGCUUGAUCCAAAUUUUACCAGAAAUGCAACUGGUCAAUUUGUAUCAGGUGGAUUAGCUGGACAACUUAUUUUGCAUGAAAAAGGCUGGUUUGGUAGUAAUGUCGACACCAUUUUACACCAAGGUGAAGGUCCAAUAUAUGCUGUAAAAUGGCGAGGUUCAUUGAUUGCUUGGGCUAACGAUAUGGGCGUUAAAAUGUACGAUAUGAACUCGAAACAACGUAUUACAUGGAUUUGUCGGCCUGAUAAUAGUCCACGUCCUGACCUGUAUCGAUGCCAUCUUUGCUGGAGGAAUGAUACUCAUUUGUUGAUCGGAUGGGCUGAUCAUGUACAAGUGGGAGUAGUGAAGGAAAGAACAAGAAUGGAGAAUACUCAAGGCCCUUCACUUUAUGUCGAAAUAAUAGCCUUAUUCAGGACUGAUUUUAUAGUAUGCGGAAUUGCCCCAUUUAAGGACAUGAUGCUAUUAAUGGCAUACAUCACUGACGACAUAAUACAAAACGAAGAAACUAGCAACCCUGAACAACAAAGAAGACCGCGCGCAAAACGUCCUGAAUUGCGUAUAAUCAACUCAUCAAACGAAGAGAUUUCCUCAGAUGCCUUAUCACUCCAUAGCUUUCAGCAAUAUCAAGCAAACGACUAUGUGCUUGAUUUUCUACCUUCUGACGAAGAUCUCUUCUAUGUUGUGAGUCCCAAGGAUCUUGUUGUCGCGAAACCACGCGAUUUGGAUGAUCAUAUUGGAUGGCUACUUGAUAGAUUGAGAUAUGAGGAAGCUUUAGGUGCCUUGCGAGAAGCUCAAGCUUGGGGUGGAAGCAAAACUUAUGAUGUGACUGAAGUUGGUCUUAAGUAUUUAUCGUAUUUGAUUGACAAAGGAGAAUAUGAGAAAGCAGCAAUGGCUUGUCCUACCAUCUUAAAGACUGAUUCCAGCAAAUGGGAUGAAGCUAAACUUUGGGAUGAUUGGAUCUUUAAAUUUGCCGAACUACGUCAAUUACAGGAAAUUACUCCUUAUAUUCCAUUUAAAGAUCCUCAAUUGAGUAGUGUGGUCUACGAAAUGGUUUUAGCCUAUUUCCUUAAUCAAGAUUAUGAGUCUCUAUAUAGUACAAUAAAAAGAUGGCCACCAACAAUUUACAAUAUUCAAAGUGUAAUAGUUGCAGUUGAAGAUGCUCUUUUUAAAGAUGCCGAUAAUCCAAUAUUAAUGGAAUGCUUGGCUGAAUUGUACACAUUCAAUCGUGAACCCGACAAAGCAUUAGAGUAUAGUCUUCGACUUCGACGUCCGAACGUUUUUGAUCUAAUACGCGAUUAUGGUUUAUUCUCUUCCAUAGAAGAUAAAAUUGUUCUUUUGAUGGAGUUUGAUCAGCAUUUGUUAUCACUCGAAACUAAAGAAUCUAUAGAAAACAAAGAUGAUCUUGGCGAACCAACUGAAAAACCUUCACCGAAAUUAACGCCCAUUAGGAAACCAAGUGAAGGACCUGCCGUGCAAUUGCUUGUACAAAAUACAGAAUCAGUGCCGAUUUCUAGAGUUGUUAAACAAUUGCAAAAACAUCCUAAAUUCAUGUUUAUAUAUUUGGACGCAUUAUUUCUACAUGAUCCGCACAUGGGCUACGAGUAUCAUGAUCUACAGGUUGAAUUAUAUGCGGAGUAUGAACCUUCGCGUUUGAUGGAAUUUUUACGAAAUAGUAACUAUUACUCCCUAGAAAAGGCAUACAAAGUUUGUGAGCAACGGGAUUUGGUCCCUGAAAUGGUUUUCAUCCUUGGACGCACUGGGAAUAAUAAAGAGGCGCUUAUGUUGAUCAUCGAUCGCCUUCAGGAUGUUCAAAGAGCGAUUGACUUUGCCAAAGAACAAGAAGAUGACGCGUUAUGGGAAGACUUGUUGAAACUAAGAUCUUUUAUUAUUCUUUAUAUAAUAGGAUUUAUCAAAGUUUUAUUGGAAAAUCUUGGUGGAACCGACAUCGAUCCAAUUCGCUUAAUAAGCCAAAUUCCCGAUGAUCUUGAAAUUCCUGGUUUGAAAGAUGCUUUAAUAAAAAUCCUUCAGGAUUUCAAUUUACAGGCUUCUUUGCGAGAAGGGUGUGAAAGAAUUCUAGUUAGUGAUAGUGUUGCUAUGGCGGAUCAACUUCAACGGGCUCAGAAACGUGGCACAUCAUGUGGAGACGAUCUUGUUUGCUCCGUAUGUCAAGAAUUAAUUAUUAUAGAUGAUAUUGCAACAAAAAAUUUUACCGCCAUUAUAUUUUUUUGUCGUCACGCAUACCACGAAUCAUGCCUACUCGAGGAUGAAUCGCCAUCAUUCUCUGAAACUGCCGCAAGGAUAAAAGGCAAACAAUACAGUGUUGGUGCUAAAGUAGUGCACUCGACGCUUUUGCGUUCUUUAGGCAGCCCGCCACAAUGUCCUAUAUGUAACGAUGCUCAACAUCUCCACGGUGCUAAACAAAAAGACAAAAAGGCUCUUGGCAAUGUGGGGAUCGUUAGACGUAAUCGUGCUAGUCCCUCCAUAAGAGAAGAGGACGGAAUGCCCCCAAUGGUUACCUUGAGACUAUAA